AUGUCGUUCGCCCAGUUCGCCAAAUCCCUCCCACCCUCGCUCAGCCUCGUCGGGCGCACCGCACUCAUCACCGGCUCUUCCUCCGGCAUCGGCCGCCAAACUGCGCUCCACCUCGCGCGCGCCGGUGCCAGCGUUCUCUGCACCGACCUUCAACCCGAACCUCUCGGCGCGGCCAAGGUCCCCUCCGAAGGCUCACGCCAUGUUCCCACGCACGACCUCAUCACGUCUCUCGGCGGUCACGCCGCCUUCCAUCCCCUCAACGUCACCUCCGAAUCCGACUUUCGUUCCGCCAUCGCCGAAAGCGUCACCUUUGGCGGCAAGAACAGGCUGGACAUCCUCGUCAACAAUGCUGGCAUCACCCACUUUUCCGGCGGAAUCGAGCACGAGUCGGUCGACGUGCUCGACCGCAUGAUGCAGAUCAACAUCAAGGGCGUUUGGCUAGGCACCAAGCUGGCGAUCCAACAGAUGAUGACGCAGGAACCGAUCCCGUUCCCUGCAGACCUCGAGGAGGAUCUGGACAGCUUCAGCGACGUGCCCCCCUCGGUACCGCUGCGGGCUGCGUACACCGCACAGGCUGGCUCACCUAAUACCACUGCGGGUCGAUUGGCGGGGGACAAAGGCGCAAGGGGUUCAAGGGGAAGCAUCGUGCAGAUCGCUUCCAUCCACGGUCUCAUCGGGGGACCUUCGGAACCAGCCUACUGCGCGAGUAAGGGAGCUGUCGUGAAUCUCACCCGCCAGGUGGCAUGCGAUUACGCGCCGCACAGGAUCAACAUCAAUGCCAUCGCGCCCGGAUACCUCGCGGGGACAGCAAUGGUCGCUGAGAUCACGCCAGAGUUGGCCGAUCAGCGUCGCACCUACUGGCCCCACCAGGGAUCGGCGAGGGAUGUCGCAAACGGUGUCAUGUUCUUUGCGAGGGACGCCCCCUGGUGCACAGGAAGCAUCCUUCCUAUCGACGGCGGUACCACCGCGCGCUAG